AUGACCUACCAGAACGCGCUGGACCUUCUGGGCGUGAGGGAGGGAGCGACGUUCGACGACAUCCUGCGAGCGAAGAAGCGAAUUACAGAUACAGGCACCACCGAUCAGGAGCUUCUUCUGAGGGUCGAAGCAGCGUACGACAUUCUCCUCAUGCAGUCCCUCUCUCGGCGCCGCUCCGGCGAGGUCGUCGACAGCAGCGUGCGCUUCGCGGACGUGCAGAAGCCCCGCCCGCCCGCCCCGCCUUCUUGGCUGCAAAAGGCCCUCAAAUCCUCGCCGGUCGCCGUCACCACGCCCAACACCAGCACCAGCAGCGGCAGCCAGGCGCUCGCCGUGCAAUCCGCGGUCUUCGCGUCGCUGCUCAUCUGGACGUACGCCUCGGGAUUGUCGACGGGGUCGGAUCUAGGCGGGUCGUUGUACGGGCCGGCAGCGACGGGAGGGGAUGUGCCGGGGCUGCAGCUCGCGCUGGCGUUUGGAUGGGCGCUGUACUCGCUGCGGAAGGAAGGCGUGGGGAUGGGCAAGGCAGCAGGGCUGUCAACAGGGGGGCUCGUGCUGGGAGCAGUGGUGGGCAGUCUGGUGCAGGCCUGGUUGCGGGUCGACAUCUUUCCCCUGCUCGGCUUCGGCUCCCCCGCCGUCCUCAUUAGUGAAUUCUCCAUUAUCAACCUCUGGCUCGCUGCUGUCUUCCUGCGCUGA